CCCACAGAAGACAGAAAUUACUUCACACUCACCUGUUUUUGUUAUGCCAAAUUUUCACCGCGUGAUGUCCAUCUUCGCUGUGUUCCAUGGUGUAUGCCUUUUAAAUUAUUUUGUACCAUAAUCCUAACUGAUACGUUUUAAAAAUGAGAUCCUUUUAAAUGUUAAAACAAUAGACUGUACACUCAACUCAAUUUUAUUAAUAAGUUGGGGACACUGAGCGGUGGCUUGUCUGGCACUUAAAAAAAAAACCCGCUGUUAAAACAAUGGAAAUUGACAAUGUAAUAUCCUGUUAUAUGUUAAACCGUAAUUCAAAAAUUUUCAAAUCACAGGAAGGAAAAAGAACGAGAAAUAAGGUUGACUAUAGAUGCUGUGUAUAGAAUGAUGCAAGAGGCGUGAGGGUUUAAAUGCAGCAAAAAGCAGUUGAAGUUUCGAUCAUCUUCAGUUUGGCGGCGGUGUCCUGUAAUGUCAGCACUUUGUAAAGCGUCAUUGGACCUUGAAAUGUGACUACUUAUCGUGGUUGUUAUGCAACUGUUUUAAGUAGAAUCACGUCUGUCACAUUCCACUACAAGCAUAUGCUCAGGCUUACUUCAAAGACAAACAAUCUCUCACUGUAUAAAAUAAAUUGGUACCGAACAAUAGAAAAUGCCAUUUAACGACAGUUGCUUCCGAUACAGAGUGACAAGACUGAAUGCCAUUUUGUUCCCACGGUACUUUUCCCGGUAGGACGAAUAAUAAUGUUACACCUCCUCCUCACAAACAUCCGCUGAUACUUCCUGGUUAUGAAACCAUGACACAGAAACUCUCUUAACUGCGCCAACCACCGGGCAGGUAAAUGGGCUUGACAACAGUUUGAUGGCUCUUGUGGUACAUCAACUGCUAUCAAGAACGCCACAUGUUUUUAGCCCAGGUGCGUUCUUGUUUCGAUCCUUUACCUCGGUCGGGAUGGACGAAAUGGGUCUGGCCAUGAGUCGUUCCGCCCUGGAGCGACUCGACUUCGACAAUGUCGUACUGAAGAAACUUCCACUUGACUCGUCCGAGGAUCCCGGCGUGCGACAGGUGAAAGGAGCGUGUUUCUCCCGGGUCAAGCCGCAGGCACUGAGCAGGCCUCGGUUUGUGGCGGUGUCUCACGAAGCUCUUGCUCUGCUGGGGCUCAACGGGGAUGAAGUCACGGACGACCCACUCGGGCCCGAAUAUCUAAGCGGCUCUAAAGUAAUACCUGGAUCCGAGCCUGCUGCUCAUUGUUACUGUGGCCACCAGUUCGGCCAUUUCGCCGGUCAGCUCGGUGAUGGGGCGGCCUGCUACUUGGGAGAGGUCAGAGUUCCGCCGAAUCAAGACCCAAAUUUGUUGCACGAAAAUCCUAGUGGCCGUUGGGAGAUUCAGGUGAAAGGAGCUGGACUCACUCCCUAUUCGAGACAAGCUGAUGGCCGUAAGGUCCUUCGUUCCAGCAUUAGAGAGUUCCUUUGUAGUGAGGCGAUGCACUUCCUGCGUGUGCCCACCACAAGAGCAGGUUCUGUUGUGACUUCAGACAGCAAAGUCAUCAGGGAUAUCUACUACAGCGGACACCCUCGACAUGAGAGAUGCUCGGUGGUCCUCAGGAUCGCACCAACCUUUUUAAGGUUUGGUUCUUUUGAGAUUUUUAAGCAGGCAGAUGAGUUUUCAAAUCGUCAGGGUCCCAGCUAUGGACAUGAUGAGCUUCGAGUACAGAUGUUGGAUUAUGUCAUUGAGAUGUUCUACCCAGAGAUCCAGCAGCAGUACUCAGACCGGAUGGAGAGGAAUGUGUCUUUCUUCAGAGAGGUGAUGCGCCGGACAGCUCGACUGGUGGCUCAGUGGCAAUGUGUAGGAUUUUGUCAUGGUGUCCUGAACACAGACAACAUGAGCAUUCUGGGACUCACUCUGGACUAUGGUCCAUAUGGCUUCAUGGAUAGGUUUGAUCCCGAUUUCAUUUGCAAUGCUUCAGACAACUCUGGACGCUACUCUUACCAGGCUCAGCCCGCGAUCUGCCGGUGGAACCUGGUCAAGUUAGCUGAGGCCCUCGAUCCAGAGCUUCCACCUGAUCGGGCAAAGGCUGUUAUGGAGGAAUAUUUGGAUUUGUAUAACAAGUACUACCUUGAUAAUAUGAGGAAGAAGCUGGGUUUAUUGAAAAAAGAGGAACCUGAGGAUGAGAUCCUGAUCACAGAGCUUCUGCAAACCAUGCACAACACAGGCGCUGACUUCACGAACACCUUCCGCAGUCUUAGUCAGAUCUCAUGUCCCUCGGAGGAACAAAGUGAUGCUGAAGAAGAGCUUGUCAAACAAGCUGCAAACCUCAUGUUGGAGCAGUGUGCUUCUUUGGAGGAGCUUAAAGCUGCCAACAAACCCACUAUGGACCCACGGGAGUUGGCAAUGCUGGUUUCUAUGGCUCAGAGCAACCCAGCACUGUUCCAAUUGAUCUCAGACAGGAUGGCGAUAGCGAGGCAGCUCAGCCAACUGAGCAGACUGAAGGAACUGAUGGAGACCAACGAGGAAGAACUCAAAACCAAACAAACUGAGGAAUGGAUCGGUUGGAUCACACGCUAUAGGAAGCGUCUUGCUCAGGAACUGGAGGGCCAGAGUGAUGUCAAGGUUGUGCAGGAAGAGAGGGUGACUGUGAUGAACAGCACCAACCCACGUGUGGUGCUUCGGAAUUACAUUGCCCAGAAUGCGAUAGAAGCUGCUGAGAGUGGAGACUUCUCUGAGGUCCGCCGGGUCCUCAAAGUUCUGGAGAAGCCUUUUUCCUCCCAGCCAGGUCUGGAGGUCCCAGCGUGGGUAGGUCAAGGUGGUGCCACCCAACAGGGGGAGAGGGAUGAUGGCGAUGAGCAGCAGGAGGAGGUGGCAUCUUCCUCCACAGUCCGAAGUCCUGUACCGUAUGACAGCAAACCUCCAGCUUGGUCUCAGGCAAUCUGUGUCACAUGAUCUUCAUAAUAACUUCCCUGAGCUUCAUCAUCUGGCCUUCUAAUGUGUGAGGGAAGUUUGAGCAUUUGACUUCCUUUUUUCACAUUUUAAUGCACCGCCUGAUCUUUUGCACAACUCGUAUCACUGUGUGGUGGGCCGGUGUCAGGGAAGUUGGUCUGAGAUUAAUCCAUAGAGCACAUUGACGACGCAAGGCAGUCUGGGAAUAAAUUGGAUGUGGUGCCACAAAUGUAUUAUUACUGUUAUGACAAUUUAAGGACCUUAAAUUUAUGAUGUGUUCUUCCACACAUGAAAAAAUAUAUAAUGAUAAGCAUCACCCUAUCUUGUUUCCUGUCUGUUUGGUGUCUGGUGGCUAUUAAUGACGCCUCAGACGUCAAGUCUUACAAGGACCUGUCUGAGUCUGAUGAACUGUGGAGCUAAUGACUGGAAUACCAAAUAGUUUGGAUUAGGCCUUUUUUUUUUUUAAAUUAGCAUUAGCCAAAUGAUUGUAUUAACAUUUACCAGCCACAACAUCAUGAUCACUUGACAAAGAAAUUCAAUACACUGCAGUAAGAGAAAAACAUGAACUGAAUGGUGCCUUGAGAUACGAGUUGAAUUUGUUCCAGGACCAUGCUCAUAACUCGAACAUUUGAAGCUCAAAUCUACUCAUUGAAAUUAAUGGAACUAAAAUUAAUCUGUUCCACCCCCCCCAAAAAAAAAUAAAAAAAUAUAUAUAUACUGUAUUGGUGGUAAUGUUUUUCAUUUUGAAAAGUGUUCUAUAAUAUUAAACUUGAUUAAAAACAAGCUAACAAUAUAAUGAAAUGGCAGAUAAAAAUAAAAAAAUUCCCACUUUUUUUGUUUCGAUUCUUUGGGCAUUAAGAUGCACCGUUUGGUCUCCCUUGGCCACCUGGCAACCUGUAGUAAUAGUAGUUGGCAGAGGAAUAUUAGGUAGUAUCGAAUAAAACAUCCAUCCACCCAUUAAUAUAAUACACAGUGUGUGUAUAUAUAUAUAUAUAUUUAUAGUAUAUAUUUUAGAAUGCUUCAUGAUUUAAAUAGCUGUUAACAUGAUGCACUGAGACUGUUAGCCCAUCUUUGGUGUUUCCCAUUAUGUGUUAGCAUUAAGCUUGUGGACUUAAGGCUAAACUGAAGUGGUUAUUUUAACCUUAGAAUGUGUAGGGGAGAUUUUGGUUGUUGUUAUUUGAUGGUAGACUUGAACUGUGUCAUUAAACGGCUAAAAUCUUUUUUUUUUUUUUUUUUUUUUUUUUUGGGAAGAAUUGUUUACUAUUUGCCAAAUUGGUCCUUGUUCAUUGAAUUGAGUCCAAUGCCACUAUACUGUGCUCCAAUAUUUUUCGGCUCAAGUCAAAGCAAAAAAAAAAAAAAAAAAAAAAAAAAUCGUCUGAACAGCAGCUUCCCUUGAAAACUCAAGUGGUCUCACUCAUAUCACAAUGUGUCAUUCUUUUUUUCAAGAACAUACAGGUGGUAAUAGUGGUGGUGGUACACUGUGAUUACCUAAAUGAGUCACGUGACGUUCGAUUCGAUGUUAUAAUACUUUUUAAAUGAAUACCUCUGACAGUGUCAAUCAUAACUGCCCCCCCCCCAUAGUUCUUGUGUUGGAUCAUAUAAGUGUAUCUCAUGUUGUGGCUUUUUGAUGUUUAAAUGUUUUCAUUUAGCUAAAGUUGCACUAGGAUUCAAAUGUUGCCGCUGUUUGACCCUUUGUCUACAUAAAAAGUAUGUGCACCUUGGAAAUAUCACAUGGAUUCCAAAAACGAUCAGUCUGUCCCUCUUCAUUAUCCCACAAUUUGUUUGGAGUUUUUUUUCCGAGCUUGUAGCAAGUCUUUUGAAAUAAAUCUAAAGAAAUCAAGU